AUGGACGUGUUUGACGAUAUUGAGCGCGUUCCAGCGACUUUGCGUACGCUUGCUGGUGGCCACGAGCCUCGCCGAGGUCAGAUUGAGGCUGUAAAGAGUCUCGCGAUCUACCAACAAGACACCAUUCUUGUGGCCGCUACCGGCUACGGCAAAAGCGCUGUAUUAUUCGCAUUUUCCGCGAUCAAACCCGACAGAAUCACCGUUCAAAUCGUGCCAUUAGUGACGCUGGGAGAGAGCCAGAGACAGGACAUUGCCACCAAGUUACCGGAGUCGAGGCCCAUCUGGGUCGAUGCAGAUACCCACCUCAAAGAAGUCGAAGACCGGAAAUACAGCCACGUACUCUUGAGUCCGGAACAGGCGCUCAAUCCGAAGUUCAAAGCCAUCCUGAGAGACCCGGCAUUCCAUACGAAGAUCGGACUCUUUGCCAUUGACGAACUACAUUGCGUCGGCGAAUGGCGGCAUUUCAAGGAGGAUUACACGUAUCUCUAUACGUUGCGGACCUUGGACAGAGAUAAUCAAGGCUAUAUCCUCAAGCAUGCCGGCUUUAAUCCCUACCCCAGCAUCAUCCGUACCUCCAUCGACAGACCCGAGAUCUCCAUUAUCGUCCAACCGCUGCUACGAGGCUCGAUAUACGACUACCGCCGGCUUCAGUUUCCGGUGGAGGGCUCCAGCGCUGGCUUCGCGCGCAAGGUUGUCCGGCGGUUCGAUGCAGACGUACGGCCCACCGAUAAAGAGAUCAUCUUCAAAGACUUCACCAACCUCGACACCAACUGCCGCAUCAUCGUAGCGACGGUUUCUCUGGGCAUGGGCAUGGAUAUUCCUGAUGUCAGGCCAGUCAUACAAAUCGGCAUCCCCCCCAGCACCAGCAUCGCAGAUAUUUGGCAACGCAUUAGAAGAGCGGUGCGCAAGCAGCCUGUCGAUGGCCGUGUCCAAGGCAUCGCAUAUCUCUUCAUUCUAUACUGGGCUUUUGAUCACCUUGGGAGCGUCGAGAAGCAGAAGCCAGCCGCGAGGAAGAGGCCACAACCCAGGAGAGCUCAACGCCAACCAAACGCUGCUGUCAUCAGCAGUCGACUACAGCUAAUGACUCUGGUUGAUGACGGGGGUGACAACGACGCGGGGAGCCAUGCCAGUGCCGUUACCCAAGCAAGUCAAGACACCAUUGUAUCAGAAUCUCAAGCACCAGCCGUCCCUGAAGAGCUUACUCUAGAGGCAACUAUUAGCUCCCAGUGUCUAUUUGACUUUACAACUAAAGUCAAAUGGACGAAGCUAGACAUAUCGCAACGUGAAAAGCUUGAUCCUAUCUCUAUGGCGUUCAUGAACGCUUCUUGUUUCCGAAAAUUCGCAUUGGAAUAUCUUCAAGAAGAUGUGGACAAUCCUGACCUCGAAUAUCGCCGUCCGCUUGACCAAAGUUUAUGUUGUAACGCCUGCAACCACGAGCUGGGCAAAAGUGCCCCCCCCCCCGCUGCCACGCGACAAACAGGGCGAGAAGCCAUCGACGGGUUCUCUGGCCGGACACGCACUCAAGCAUAUAUCUUCCUGGUGUAUCAAGAACGCCCGGAACCUGGUAUAACAGAGGCACCGCCGCUUCGACAUUACACCAGAGUUGUUCAUGGACAGCAAGCUACAAGUUUGACGCAGAAAGUGCCGCAUUUGAGAGAGUGGGAACACAUUGAGACGAAGGGGGUUGAGCUAGUGACGUUCUGUAUCGCGUCGCUCGCAAGGAUCAAGGAGGAUUGGGAUGUUGGUAAGGCAAAGAGAGCUAGAGAGACGGAUGCCAAAGCGCGUGAAGAACGUGAGGCACAGACUCGCAACGCUACAGCUGUUGAUGCGAGCCGGAAGCGGGCGGCAGCGGGUAUAUCCUGCAAGUAG